AUGAUGACGGCGCCAAUGUUCUGGCCCACUCGGGAUGCAAAGCAUGCUGGAAUAUUGGACAUCGGCCUCCUCGGCGGCGCAAUAUACGACCCCGACCGCAAUUCAUGGAAGUUUGCAAGAGAGAGCGAAGGUUUCCGGUAUACGAGUUCAUCGCCGUUGACGCAGAUGUUAUCGAGAGAGCGACCAUGGGAACCACGACCACCUCAAGGCUGGAUUGACAUGAAAAAGGCCGAUGCCAAGUCUGUUCCCUUAAGUUCUGUCCACUCGGAGAUAAACCAAGGCAUGUCGUAUCUAAUGGCAAAUAACCCACAUGAAUGGUUUUUCGACACAGCAAUGCAGGAAAGUCUGGCAGAAUCCUCUUAUGAUGACUUCGCAUUGUCGAUAUACGACCCGUUCCAAGGAAACGUUUGCACGGCCAGUAAUUUCAUUGGACUCCCCGUCGUUGCUACGCCAACUGGACCAACAGGAUCUGACCUUUCCAUCAUCCUUGUCGGCCACAAACCAAAAGAACAACCACCAUUCACCCUUAUCCGACCAAAAUCAACUCUGAAGCAGUUCCUUUCACCUAUCUUGCAAAUUGCGGCGCCUCCAUUAUCCUCCAAGGACAAAGCCGAUGAGCAAAUUUUGAUCCGCACAAGAGAGGCUGUGACAAUCGUGGCUCCACAAUUAGAAGUUCCUUUGUCUCUCGCAAGGAUGCAACCAGAUUACAUUCGGACAGUAGGGAUCAUGUCGGGCAAACCAACCAACUGUCGGGACCACACAAUCCAUGCCGCCAUUUCGCCUUAUAUCCCGAAUACCUAUGCACUCGUGGGAGAUCAAGGGCGGGUCGCGAUCUGGACAAGACGGAGUUCAGACAGCAACACCUCACGACAUACCCAAAAGUCAACAGACGCCGUAGCAAUCAUCAGGAAACACGACAACGCCUCAAACGACCAAAAAGAUCCCUGGCGGAGCUGCAUCUGGUCUGCACACCCCUCGAAUCUGAUUGUUACCUCCAGGACUCACAUGGAGCUAGUUGAUUACAGGGGCCCGACUGCAACGACGUCGCUAUUUGAUCUGCGGGAAGGCGAAACGUUCCAAGCACUUCAGGAGAACAAUGUGUCACCACUUACACCAUUCUAUACAUACGUCGCCACCUCUCACCAAAUUGCAUGCGUCGACCAGCGAUUCCCCAAACGACCACUUAUUUCAACAUCCCAUCAGAUGGGUCGCGCUAUGCCUUUUGGACUUAAAACAAUGGACACCACUGCCGACGGAUCUCGAUACACAACGGUGCUUACCUGGGAUAUGCGGAAUGCAGGCAUCACCGCAUACAACUUUUCACAAGGAUCAAACGCAACAGAAAUGGAGCCGCCAUCGAUGAGCGGUGGCGCUCAGGAACUCCCAUCCUUCCACACGCAUGCUCACUAUACCAACACCAGCGAACUCAGGAAUCCACUGACGCGCUUGGGUGACACGGCAGCGCUUGGAGAUCGGAUGUACCAGGGGAUCAAACCGCCGCUGUUAGGAUUGGCUCUACUGCCGUCGGCGAUAUUGAGCGACGAGGAUGAUGAGAACGGCGGUCUGAGCCAGAGCUCGAUGUCAUCAGAGAGGCGCAACGGUGGCAGCAGCACUAUUAAGUUCUCAGUACUCCAAUACGCCGCCACUGGCGCUGUCUACGCACAGGAGAUUGAUAUGAUCAAGAGGCAGGAGUCUGACUGCGAUGCUUCUUCAGACCAUAUUCUGACAUCUGGGAACACUCUGGCGAUCGAUCUUGCACAGGAAAACACAGGACAGUUCGAGUCAGAGGGCGAUUCGGAGGAGGAUUCUCGGAAGUGGGAGAUGGUUGAGAAGAUCUUCAAGGCUUCCCAGGGAUGGGUUGCGCCAUGGAAGAAAGGCGUUGAAGAGGCACAGGUUGCGGCCGACGAGCUAGCUGAACCUGAUGUGCGGGCACAUGUCAUGGUCGAUGUUAGGAAAGUGAUGGAGGGGUUGAGAAGGUAUCUGCUGUUGGAUCGGGAGACGAAUGACGGUGAUAUCGAUCUCGAGAGCAAGGUCCACGAAGCCAUGAUGUUUAUUGGGCAAUGUACCACGUCCGUUACAAUGUACGAGAUCCUCCGCAAGAUCAGGUGCGCCCAUUUACCCAUGACUACCCGGAGCGCCCUAUCACAACAGAUCCAGAACAGGAUCGAGCUGGAUCCUUUCGUUACAAAUUCCGACUCGCGUGUCAUCACGCAAAAGGUUUUCAGGACAUGGCCUAAAUUUGACCUCGAUAUCAGCACCACGAUCCGAAGCUCCGAAGCGACUGUUGAGACCAUUCAGACGUAUCUGGAACACCUCUAUCCUCUUCCAAAAGAGCGCGUUUUGGAUCUAGGAAGCAGCCAGAGUCAGUCUGCAGGAUGUUCGAGGAGUUCGCAGGCCGUGGGCACGUCUGGGUCGGAGAAUGUCCAGGAGGUGGAGGACGGUGCCUGUGUUUGGCCCUCCCAGGAGUCUCGACAGAUUCGGGAGGCGACUAUUCGGCGGAUGGCGCAGGAGCUCGCCUUGACGACUACAGUUAUUGUCAAGACUAUGGAGCCUGAAGUUUUGGGUGAGGAAGACGAGGGCCUUACAAUAACGUCAUCGACAAAGGCUCCGUUUGCAUUCAAGUACUUGUUCCAGGACACCAAGGACGGAUCAUUCAAGCAGCCAAAGGUCAUACAGUCAUCCCGCGCACAGGGUGUGUUGGAUGAGUGGUACACUGGCGACAUCACCCAGGAGUUUACCUAUCGCGAUCUCAGCCUGGCAGAAGAGGAGACGGUUCUCCAGACAGACAAAGCCAAGAUGGCACAAGCGGAGGCGUUGUUGAAGAAGCGUGCGAGGCGCGAGAAGAAGGAGAGUAGCAUCCGUGGCACCAGGAUGCAGGAUUCGUCGUAUAACAUCAACGCCAAGGGUUCGGCCUCACAACCCGCGGGUAUUAUUACGGAAGAGGUUCAGCUGUUCAGUCAGAUGGGGUAUGCGAAUGAGGAUGGCAUGUUCUCGGCACCCACGAUUGUUGCGGCUUCCCAGCUUCAGAGGGGUAGCUUGAAGGCUAGGUCGCAACAGCACCCUGUCCGGACGACGACUGCUAUCAGGAAUCCGUUCUCGUUCUCGCAACCCGCUUCCGUUGUCAGAGGAGCUUCUAUCAAGAGCGGCGUCAGCAGCAGUCAAUCCAGGCUCAAGGGCGAGUUGUCGCCCGUCGAAUCCAAGUCUCAUCCUGCUGGGCUGUUUUCUAUGACUAGGAAACGGGAACCGUCAGGCGGCGAUCGGAAACCGAGUAACAGCCGCGGGACGGACGUCUUUGGAAGCCACAGUUCCAGCCAGGACGCCGUCAAACUAGAGAUACAAUCACAACCAACAUCACAGCCUUCACAACAAUCGCAGUUGUUUGCCGCAAGUCAGCCUGUUCCGGGCGCGUUUGCGACCAAACGGACGAUGAUCAAGAGCGGCAAGGCUGUCGAUCCCAGCUCCAGGCCCAAGAAGAAGAAAAUCCGGACUCAAGGCUUCUAG